ACUCCCCACCUUACUUAUAAAACCCUUUGAAGCCCAACAACGUUUCUUCACUUCUUCGUAUUCUCAAAACACUCCAAAAGUUUUUCUUCUUCAACUCACUCAUCAAAAUGGGUUCUCGCUACGAAGUGGAAGUUAAGCUCGCGUCGGCGCGUGGGCUAAAAAACGUGAACUGGCGCCACGGCUCAAACAGGCCGUACGCCGUCGUUUGGGUCGACCCAAAGAACAAAUCCUCGACCAGAGUCGACGACGCCGGCGACACCGAAGCUAACUGGGACCAAACCCUCGUGAUCCCUUUACCGCCGGAACGCAUCGAGGAUCUCACCCUCUGCAUUGACGUGGUCCACGCCGGCUCAGAAGAAGACACCAAGCCGCUCAUCGGCUCGGCUCGGCUCAAGCUCGUUGAAGUCCUAGACAGCGAAGGAUUUGGCCAGCGCGCGAGUCGCACGCUCACGGUAAAACGACCAUCAGGAAGACCACAUGGGAGGAUUGACGUUAAGGUCACUAUCAGAGAAUCUGGCUAUCGUGCGCAGGGUGCGUACCACGCUCCCUCUUACGGCGUCCCUCCACCACCGGCGGCGUCAUCGCGGGAGUAUGGUUCGCAAGCGUAUGGUUCGUCUUAUGGCGCGGCUCCACCGCAGAGUUCGUAUGGUUACGGCGGGGCUCCGGCGGGGUAUCCUUCUACGGCGGCGCCGGCGUAUGGUUCGGGUUACGGAGGGUAUAAUGCGCCGCAGCAAACUGCGUCGUAUGGUCAAGGGAGUUAUGGGUACGCGCCGGUGGAGGAGAAAAAGAAAAGCAAGUUUGGUGGGAUGGGGACAGGAUUGGCUGUGGGUGCGGUUGCUGGGGUUCUAGGUGGAAUCGCACUUGUUGAGGGUGCUGAGUAUAUUGAGGACAAGAUUGAGGAUCACGUGGCUGAGAAGGUUGAGGAUAAGAUUGAGGAUGAUCGUGGUUACGAUCGUGAUGAUGCUGGUUACGAUGACGGUGGUUAUGAAGACCGUGGUGAUGAUGGUGGUUAUGACGACGGUGGUGAUGAUGGUGGUUACGAUGGAGAUGAUUUCUAGAGAAUGAAACAAUUUGGGAGAUAAACCAAUAAAAAGGGGAAGAAAAAAAAAAUAUUAACACUUUUUUUUACUCCUUUUUUUGUGUUCCGUUAUUAUGUGUAAAUUCUGCAUGUGUUUUUUGUUUUUGUUUUUUUGUAUCCCCUAACUAAAUCUUUACUUCUUUGGUAAUUUCCAUCGUUUAUGUGGUUACGAUUCAAAUCAGUUGUAUUUAUAUAAAAAAAAGUUUAAAAU